GCUGCUCGCUCUGCCCCGGCGCCCGCCUGCCUCCCUCCUCUCGUCGCCUCGCAGCAGCCCGGGCUCCGCCGAGUCAAAGCGCGGAUCAGGUUCCCUGCCUCCAGUAUAAAAAUCUCGGCGAGAAACCUCCUGCGGGAGAGAGAGACGGGGCGCGGGCGGAGCGGGGCGUGAGACGGCGGCCGGCGAGCCCGUCCGUGGGGAAGCGAAGGGACGCGCGGCGGCCGCACCAGCCGCUGGUCACCGGGGACGGUCGCUGCUCGCCCCUUUCAGCUGCGCAAGAAGAGCUUUUUGACGCCCGAAAAUGCAACAGCAACAACAGCAACGUCGGAUGUUCACAGCUGCCCUCCUGGCACUUGUUUUCAUUCUGGCAGCUGUGAGUACCACCGAGGCCGGCAAAAAAGAGAAACCAGAGAAAAAGGCGAAGAAGUCUGACUGUGGGGAAUGGCAGUGGAGUGUCUGUGUCCCCACCAAUGGUGACUGUGGUCUGGGGACACGUGAGGGCACUCGCACUGGAGCUGAGUGCAAACAAACCACCAAGACUCAGAAGUGUAAGAUUCCCUGCAACUGGAAGAAGCAAUUUGGAGCGGAGUGCAAAUACCAGUUCCAAGCCUGGGGAGAAUGUGACUUGAAUACGGCCCUGAAGACUCGAACUGGAAACCUAAAGAGAGCCCUUCACAAUGCUGACUGCCAGAAGACUGUCACAAUCUCAAAGCCCUGUGGGAAGCUUACCAAACCCAAACCUCAAGAAUCCAAGAAGAAGAAAAAGGAAGGCAAGAAACAAGAGAAGAUGCUGGAUUAAUGGAGUCAACUUGGGCAAUUUGAGAAAGGGACAUCAGCAAACAUGAUCAGUUAACAGUUUCAUUUAUACCUAGGCAUUUUAUCCUAAAAUUAUUUAUAGCUUAAUGGUACCAUAGAAGGAAACAAGCAAACACAGAAAAAAAAAAUCCUUUUUUAUUACUUUAGUAUUUUUAAUGUAUAACCCUAACAACAACUUUUAGAGGCCUGUAAUAAAGACUCCAAACUCAUUUAGAAAAUUAUUUUUAUUGUAUAUUGAACAAUGUAGACCUUUUUAAAAUAUUUUUUUUCUCAAGUCUUGCCAUAGGUCUCAAUCUGGUAAUUAGUCCAUACAAGCAGAACCUGAGCCCGUGUGGAGCUCUGCUGAAGCCAGUAUGAAUACAGGACUCUGGCUGGAUGCAUUUAUAUUUAAGACUGGGACCUUAUAUCUAAAAAAACCUGAGGCUUGUUUCUUAAUUUCUGAUUACAUCUAGAUAAGUCUAUGAAAUUGUUUGUUUAAGGGAAGGAUGGGGGCAUUUUGUUUAGUAUUUACAAAUACAAAAUUUUCUUGGAUUUGUGGUGAAUGUUCAUUCCAAGAUGUCACCAUUUGCUGAUAAAACCCAGUAACACUCCUUUCCUUGGCCAUGUUUUGGAUGUUGGCAGUAAAUCUGAAAUCUUUCAAUGGCUGAACGUAGAAGAGUCCUAAUUUUUCAUUAUUUUCUAGCAAUGAUUUUUCCAAGUGGAAUAAUAGCAAAACUUUCCAUUUUUUAACAUGUCAGUGUUGAGGUAGUGUCCUCUGUUUUACCUAUAAGAGCUGAAAAAUGCUUUAUUUUAUUUGUUUAUUUUGCCAGAAGGGAGAAUAACCUUUUCAUAAAAGAUCUAGUUGAAAUUGUUGUGAUUCUGCCUGACCCAGCUCCCUUUUUUAUCAGUGGCAAUCUUCCUGUUUAUUUUAAUUAUAGCUGGUUGAAAAAUAGUAUGUCUGGUGGGAAAUAACAGAAGAAAUCUGUUUAGAAACUGCCAGAGGUAGUUCAUAAUUUUGAUCAAAAAGGGACAACUUGUGGGACUUGAAACAAAUAGGAAUGAAAUGAAAUUUUGUUUCUCUAUUAGUAAAACAGAAAGGAAAUACAAAAGCAGUACCUUUUGCUUUCUUUCAUUUUUACAUAAGCAAAAAGACCUUGGAAAAACUCAGUCAACAUAACAAUAGUUGGGAUUUUUUAUUAAAUAGUCUGCGGGGGGGGAAGGGGGGAAGGAAAAAUAUAGCCAGCUCGUUUUCAGUUUUGUUCAAUUUUACCUAAUCUAAAUGAGUCUGAGUCCUGAGAAAAGUCACAAAGUAGAAAAAAACCUGGAAAAGCACUGGUCUGUCCCAAGCUAAAGGGUUGUUUAACAAGCUGACAACCAGCAGACCAAAAUUUUUAGAUGAAACCUAAGGGAUUUCAGUACCCAAACUAAGUUCAAAAUCAUUGCUUCUAAAUUCUAAAUCUUUAAAUUCAACAGCAAGAAAUAAGCUUUGCUACUUGUGUAGGCUGCAGGCUUGCCUGCUGCUCAAGAGGAAUAGUCUCCCUUGUACUCCUGCAUGGUAUCCACUGACUUCAGCAAAGCUGCAGCAGGGUGUGUUAUGUCUGAGUAAAUCACAGGGCUCUCUUGGGAUUAGCUUGUAGACAAGCAGAGAGUCUUUGUCCAGACUAACAUCACUACUGUUUUCUAUGCAAGAACUUUAUAACAAUUGCAGAGCUUGCCCUCUUUUUUCUCACAUGGAGGGUACGGCUGAUCCGGACUCCCGGUGAGGCAAGUCCUUCUGUAGAUGUUCCCAAACACUUCUGAAGCCAGCUAGCCAAGGCUGCACAUAGCUUAAGGUAGACUAGACUCACAAUUAUCUCCCAGAUUCCCUGGGUGUGUCUUACAGUCUGUGUUGAUGUCCUUGUUAAUUUGACUAUGCUGUUAGACAUACCUGAGCCCCAGGUGCAGUUAAAAAAUGUCCCCCACAUGUGGUGGAUGUGCAAUGACCAAAUCUAAAAUCACAAAGGCUCAUAUUUAGGUGGUUCUGGGUGCUAUUUGGUUUGUUCAUGGUAUAAUCAGGUCUACCUGUGCUUGUGCCUCAGAUUUAAACUAGUGGGAUGGUAGGUCUGAUUGAAAGCAAAGGGAGAAAGAAACUUUUUCACUCACCAAAGGUUUGUCUGUCUAAAUGCUGCAUCAGUUCACUUAAAGUGGUUCAGCUUUGAGUGCAAACACUGUUGCACCAUUGUCUUACACUGGUUAAUCUAGUCCAUGUUUCAUAGGGAGCUGGCAGGAAUUUGGAAUGAUGCUGAGACCAACACUUUGACUAUCUUUUAGUCAAAAUCUUAGAUGUGACUUCUAAUUUCCAACUUUGUGAGUAAGAAGAAAAGUUCCCCUGUGUUCCCUCUGAUGCCUUAUGGCCCUUUUGUUUAACUGCCCAUCUGGCUUGUUAAAGGAACAUUCCUAAUAGUUUUUGAAGGAGGCCAGUCAAGUUCCUAUGGUGAUAUAGGGCCUUCAUGGGGAGAGUUUACAGAAAACAAAGAAACAAAACAAAAAAAUACCAUGUUAGGACCAGAAGAAAAUGCAGCAGUCCUGGUAGCAAAGGGUGUGAAAUAGGAGAACAUUUCCUAUGUACUACUCAUCCACAUAUUUUUGGAUCUCUAUUGGCAUCUUAUUGUUGACAGCACUUGGAGUUAAAGUUUAUAAACUUAAAAUUAAGAAAAUUUCCAAUAAACUAGCACAAGAAAUUCAGUGGAAACUCUAGCUAUGCAGGAGAUGGUAAAAGUAAUUUGUGGCAGAACACAGAGGAAGACUGAAUAGGUCAGUAAGGUCAGCUCUGAAAGUAGGUACUUGGUACCUACAUGGGGCCAUUGUUUCACUAGUGACAUUAUCAACAAAGCAAAAGGCAAAUAUCUGGACAAAACCUCUUCCCACCCAUAUUGCUCAGUUUCUACUUCAGUCAUGCUGAAAUUUCUCCUUAUUUGCUUUCUAAUCUUCUACCCUCUCCAUCCUUUGGGAGGGCAAGCUUCUCUGAUAGUGCUGUGGGAGCGGCUACUUCAGAUGAAAUAUGUGUUUACCCUCGUGGUGCUAUCCUGUUACAAUGGCAAAUGACUUAGCAUAGAUGUAUAGCUUACUAGUUUAACUGACAGAAGCUUGUUUCAUGAAUGUCCCUCUCAAGGAGUGGUUUACAUCUUCAUAUGCUACAGCUAUAAUAUAGUAUGGGGAGGUGAUAGAAAUCCCCCAAAUGACAGCCUUUUUCUGAGCACUCAAAUCUCUUGGAAAAAGCGGGUUGAAUUGCUGAACAUCAGCUAAGGAUGAAUCUGCAUCUAGACUCUGGAUUCUAGAAAGUUUAAACUUAGGGUAUAUUUGGAUAUAUUUCCUUUCUCUGCAUAGGCUGAGGCAAUGCUUGUAUGCAGUUAGGCCUGCCUAUAUCUUGACUCAAAACUGUAUUUGAGCAUUGGGACAUUUUCUGACUUUUUCAUGUCUUCUGGCAGAAGUGCCCAUAGUGAAAGAGCCUGGCUUAUUUAACAGUCUAUUAAGUGCAGCAGAAGUGCAGGGCAAGGCUCCAGGAAGGGAAAACAUUUGUACAUGUGGGUAGAUACUAAAUUGUAAUUUACUGAUUCUCAUCUUCUAAUUCCAUAAUGACAUUCUGGGCUGAACUGUUUUUCAAAGGAGAAAAAAUUAGAAGAAAUGAAAGAAUAAUAAUUAUAAAAUGUAUCAACAGACAAUGUUGGAGACUGUCAAGAAGAGACAGAUAUAAAGUCAGGAGCAUUUUAUACAAACUUCUUUUGCAUGCUCCUUAAGUACAGAAAGCAGAAUUACUGGUUGGCACAUUUGUUUUUAUGCUUUCCUUGAUUUGUGCCUUAAUGAAAACUAAUCAAAUGUAUAGUGUUACAGAGAAGCAAAGUCCCACUCCAACCUCAAAGAAAGAGUUCAUCUGGAGGCAAAGUCAAAGGAGACAAUAGUAUGUCUAUAUUUUCCAUUUAGGAGUGCAAGGUAUGCUGACAUUGAUAGGAGAAAACAUAACAUCCUUCUUUAACUCUGGUGUAUAUCCUUCACCACUUGGCACGUGGCAGUGGACAAUUCAAGUAAAACAAUGGAGCAUUAGGAUGAACUAAGGGGAAGUGAAUACUGAUGAAGACUGUUUAUGAAAACAGGCCUAUAAACCCCCUGAAUCUAAUAAUGCUGCUAGCAGGGAGCAUCUGAAGACAAACAUUUCCUGCUUGUUUAAUGAAAUUCCUUAACAUAUGAUGAAAACUUCUGAGCUUUCUGAGGCUAAUGUCAAUGUUGAGGGUGGGACAAAAACCAACCUGAUUUUCUUUCAUUCUAGGAGCUGCAACAACAUUAACAAUGUAAAUUCACCACUUUUCUAAAACAAAAUAUUGAUGAGGUACACCAUUUUGGCAUGACACAGAUAGUCUUUCAUAUCUCCCAAAUUCUUAAAAGAAGAGGAAGUGUGCAUAGGAAGUAUCUUGUAUUCAAUCUAUUUCAAUUCUCCAGGACAGCAUUCCUGUGGACUUGUGAUUGAGUUCUCUCCUUUGCAGAGACAGAUUAUACCUGUUUCCAGCCUUCCCCCACUCAUCUGUAAUUUUGAUAGCAUUUAUAGGUUUUCUGUCAAUUCUGCUAAGGCAUUCUACCUCUCAGUUAAGCUUCUGUGGAUGUUGCUGAUCUUUCCUCAUCCCUGAGGCUAUUUUCUCCAUUUCUUCCUGGAUUGUUGCACAACAGCCCCAGGAAGCCCAUACCAUCAGGUACCGCCAACCAUGUCCUAAGAUUAAAAGACACAGUGGCAAUUUGUUAAUCAGAUGAUGACAGUAAACAAGGAAGUAUGAGAAUGAGCCAAGAGAUUCCCUGGAUUCACUGGGAGGGUGGAUUGCUGGUAAAACCUUUGUCAUAGUCCAACCUGGGCAAGGUUUCCUAGGGGACAGAAAUGAUCAAAUGAUCAUCUCAAAAAUUAGAGACACUGAUUCAGGAGUGUCUGCCCUCAAAAGAAAAGUAUCUUAGCUAGAUAAAUAGUGGUAAGAAGCUGCUUCCUUUACCUCUGUUCUCUUUUAUCAUUAAUUUAAAGGAAAGAGGCAUGGUGCAUAGAGUUUCAGGGAUAGUGAAAGACUUGCCUGAGCAAAGUAGAGCAAGGAGAGAGCUUCAUCCACCCAUGGGUGUUUGCAUUUGGAGAAGGUGAAGUUAGUCUUGUUCGUAGCAGCAUCAAACUUUGGUUUUGGACCAAAACUAAACAAUGCUGAAAUCUAAUCAUUUUUCUAAUGGUCCCUUUCUGCUACUCUUCAAAAAUGUCCAUCUGUCUUGUGGGCUCACCACUCUGACCUGAGCAGAAGUGAGAUCUUUCAAAGAAAACAUGGGAAUUCAGCUGUAUUCAACUAUUGUUGUCUCAUUGGUGGGGCUCUACCACCCUUUAGCCCUUCCUGCCAUUUGCCAUUUAAAUAUGGAGUGUCUUGGAAUCCCAGAUGUCUAAAAAACUCAGUAGGUAUCUCCUAGCCUUUAAAUAACUCUGCUUGAGUGAGUUGUGUAUGAAAAAUCUGUUCCUGCAGAUUUUAUUCCGUUCUUAGAAAAAACACAGUAACAACCAAAACCUAUGACAAAACUGAAUGCAUGUGUUCAAUGGAUGGAUUUACUGAUGAGAUAAAGCAGAGGCUCACAAGUAUUCCCAUUUCAGAAGGUCAUUGAAAGUUAAAGACUGUACAAAACAUUUAACCCUGAAUUCAGUGAUGAAAAGCUAGGAAAAUGGAUAGUCUCUGCAGGGCUGUCUUACCUACAGCCAAUUUCAGUCAAUUAAUUCUACUGUUUGAAUUCCCUCACCCUAAUCUACCUGGCAACAAGACAUUAUUUAACUUUUCUCAUUAGGUCAUUCAUUGCACUUCCCAUAUUACAAUUAUGUAGCUCAUCCAGACUUUUACAGCUGAAGGAAAUGGCUGUGAAAAUCCAGAAUGUGUUGUGGUUGCUGAGGAGACCUGAAGCAGAGGCAGGCUAGUACUGCUGCAACUUGGAGCUAGAAGCCACCUAAUGAAGAUGUCAGCACCAGACACAGUAGCUUUCUAAAUGCACAUGUAUACAUACUGCAUAUAUUAUAUAUAUCCAUAUAUGGGAAAGUAAAACUGUAGAAAAGUGCAUGCAUAACUCCAAAUGUGAAUCACAACUAGUGCUGCCACAUUUUCAUGCUAUGGUUGAAAGGAAAGAGCUUUUUGUCCUGUGUCAUGUACGAAAAGUACAAUGAAGAGCUAGAUUUCUUCCCGCUUGCCAGCACAUCAGUUUAAGGAUAGCUGUGUCCAAGGAAAAUGCAAAACACAUGCCAAUGAAAUGGCCCAAAGGACUUACUAUCACAGUGAUGUUCUCUUCUGUCACACCAAGUACAUGGAAGAGUUUUGUUCAAAGCUUCAAAGUGGACGAACUGCUUCAGUUAGGUGUGAUAGAAACCCAGGCAGAAAAAGCCUUUUUCUCUGCCAAUUAAAACUGAGGAAAGUGGGUAAAAAAAAGAUGGAAAAAUCAAAGUAAGACAGAAACUAUCUUAAUACUUGUAGUUUGAGUGUUAAACUGAAAGAAGGAAUGAAAGUCAAAAAUAACAAAUUAAAGCCUGAACAUCAUGUUCAAUGGAUUUCUAAUUCUGUAUAUAUCUAUUAAACCAGUGCUAUAUGAUAUCUUCUCAUGGGUUACUUUCUUUUUCCUGUUCCUCUUCUUUUUUUUUUUUUUUCAGUUUGUAUAUUGAUUUUGUAAGCUAGCAGUGUGUUACCUUUUCAAUUUUUUAAAACUUGUAUGAAAGCCAUAUAUCCAUAUUGUAGAAUGAAAGCAUUAAUCCUGUAACAUCCCUUAAUGUUUCCUUUAGCUCUGUGGGAUUGUGGGGGGCUCUAGCGAAUGUAUAUGUUUACCAAUUGUAUCAACAUAAUUUACUUGCUCUUAGUGGCGAUAAAGAAUUAAAUAAACUAAUACACAGACA